AAAAUUAGCACAAACUUCCCCUGCCGAAAUCGAAAGCUUCCUUUUGGACCCGUUUUAAUCUCUUCGGGCCAGUCCAAAUUCAACCUUCGACUGCAGCAGAUCGUCGCUAUUACCACGGCUAUAUAACGGUUUUAUUUUGAACACUGAGUCCGAUUCAGGUUCGGUUUCAGGUUCGAGAUCCAGACAGAAAAGUCAAACAUUUGGAAUUAUUUUAAUUAGGAGAUGAUGUCUCCGUCGUCGCGCUCGUUUUGCAAGAUACUCCUCGUUGUGACCCUCGGAUGCCUGCAUUUCUGUAUCGGAAUUGCCCGGGACUCGGCGGCCAGAACCAUCUACUACCGGAAUAUCCCGCCGGACUCGCUCGGCCUCUACAGCUUCGAGUUCCAGACCACCAACGGGAUCACCACCAAGGGGGCUGGCAACGAAAACGGAGCAGUGGGAGUGGUGCAGUACGUGUCGCCCGAGGGCAUUCCGGUGACCUUCUCGUACGUGGCCGAUGCGAAUGGAUACCAGCCCACCGGAGAUAUGAUUCCAACGAUUCCGCUGCAUGUAAUCCGACAGUUGGAAUACAUUCGCACCCACUCGCCCGUCGACGAGCGGAGGUCGAGGCGCUGGUAAA